AUGGUCGCAGCAGGCCUGCUUUUCUUCGCUCUAUUCUCUGUUGCGCUUGGCCGGCCCACUGCGCGAGACGAGCUUCACGUUCACGAGCGGCGAUCUGACGUUCCCAGCGGCUUCAAGUAUCUAGGCAAAGCCGAUCCCAAUGCCCUGCUCAGUCUUCGCAUUGCUGUCGCACAAGGUGACCCCGCCGGGCUGGAGGCAGCGCUCUAUGACGUCAGCACGCCGGGAAGCAAGAACUACCGCCAGCACCUGAGUAAAGCCGAAGCCCAAGCUUUCGUUACCCCAAAGCCCGACAGCACCAAUGCAGUAAAGACAUGGCUAUCGAGGAACAACAUCACCACUACGGCUACGUCGGCCGCCGGAGAUUGGAUCACUGUGCAAAUACCGGUCGCGAAAGCGAAUGCCAUGCUGGGCACACAAUUCGGCGAGUAUGCACACGAGGAAACGAGCACCAAGGUGACCCGUACACUGUCGUACUCGUUGCCCGCUAGUGUGAAGGAGCAUAUCGAUGUUAUACAUCCUGCCACCUCUUUUAUCGAGCCACGAAGCCUGUCACCGGCCGUGCAUGCCUUCCGUCACCCUCGUGCCGCAAAGGGUAGUCGUAAGGGUGUACAUUCAACGGCGAAGAGCACGAAAGCAUCGGCUACGUCGACCUCGCAGAAGUCCUCGCCAACAGCAGUCGCUGCGGCCGUCGAUGACUCAUGCAAGACACAGAUCACACCGAAGUGUCUACAGUCCAUCUACAACAUUCCGUCCGCACCUGCCUCCAGUAACCGCAGCAAUCUCUUCGUUGCGAGCUUCGCGGGAGAGUCCGCUGAGCCAUCGGAUCUAAAGGCUUUCUUGGGCGAGUUUCGACAGGACAUCAAGGCGGCCUCAUCAAACUUCGCUGUGAAAACAAUCGAUGGAGGCACAGUCAACUUUGUCGGGGGAACCACGGAAGCAAGCCUGGACAUACAGUACACUGCUGGGCUUGCUACGAACAUUCCGACGACGUUCGUGUCUGUAGGUCCAAACAACACCGACGGCGCCGCCGGAUUCCUCGACAUAAUCAACAACCUGCUCGCGCAAGACGAGGUGCCGAACCUGUGUAACGCCUACGCGCAGCUCGGGGCGCGUGGGACCACCGUGCUCUUCGGCGCCGGCGACGGUGGUGUAUCUGGUAUCCAGUCGACGCCGGGCUGUACUACGUUCGUCCCAACGUUCCCUUCCACCUGCCCCUUUGUGACCUCCGUCGGCGGUACAACCGGUUUCAGCCCUGAGGUUGCUGUCUCGUUCUCUUCGGGCAGCUUCUCUAACAUAUUCCCCCGGCCUUCAUACCAAGCCGACGCAGUCAGCGGGUACCUCAAGGGCCUUGGAAAUACCAGCGCCGGUCUGUUCAACGCCUCGGGGCGCGCGUUUCCCGACAUCGCCGCCCAGGCGCAAGGUUUCCAGGUCUUCGUGAAUGGGCAGGUCAAACCCGUGGCCGGCACCAGCGCUGCGAGCCCCACGGUCGCGAGUGUAGUUGCGCUCAUCAACGACGCCAUCUUCAAGGAGGGCGGCCGUCCGGUCGGAUUUCUGAACCCCUUUCUGUACUCGACCGAUGCCGUCGGGACGCUGAACGAUAUAACGCAAGGAAGUAACUCCGGCUGCGGCACCGAUGGGUUUCCCGCCACCGACGGGUGGGAUCCGGUCACUGGCUUGGGUACACCCGACUUUAGAAAGUUGCUGAGCGCCAUCAAGAACAGCGCCACCACAACUUGA